AUGUCGGAACCGAAAGUUAGGAGGCAAAACCACUCCUGCGACCACUGCAGGAAGAGUAAGAAGGCGUGCGAUGGGUAUAUUCGCAAUGAGAAGCCGGCAGUCUCACCUGAUGCAACGUCGCCCACUUCUGGGUCGCAAAUCUAUGGAGGAUCGGAACCAGGACUCAAGUCCUGCUCGUACUGUAUCAGAACCAAGAAGGUUUGCAGUCUGAACCCACAGUGGGGAAAGACUCGAUCAAGGUCUCGAGUUAGUGAGACAGGGUCAAGCAUCACCAGCACCUCCAACGACAGCUCACAGAGCAAGAGGAAGCGCAAUGAGUCUCCCGCCACUACUACUGCCCCUUCACUUAACGCAAAAUACUGCGACAUCACUGCAGCGAAUAUGCUGCAGAUGCUUCAGGACUCUACACCUGGGCAAGGUCUAUCCUGGAACAACCCUUUCAGCACAGACAUCCCUUCCUUUCUCUCCCUGGACCAAAACCUCGAUGGCCAAAGCCUCGCGAUGAGCUUCUCUAGUCCAGAGAGUGCUUCGCAGACUGUUGCAAAAGACACUAUUGAUGAAGGGCUGCCCGAACUCACAAAGCAGACAUCCCAUGCUGCAACUGACGCCUUGGACAACGCGACAUCCUAUUCAGGCUCACAGGACUUUGACAUAAAUAAUCUCUGGGACUUGGACUUCUCAGAAAUCAACUCUGCACCACUAGACACGCUUUCAUCAAUAGAAUCUCCGGCCUAUGGACACAAAGCUGUUCAGGUGAAACGCAGAGCUCGGUUGCCCUCCAAUGACUGGUCAGGAUAUCCUAACUUCUCACCGUCACCGUUCACUAGCGACUCUCUCAUCAUGCAAACCUCCAAUCGAUAUAUGAUCACCGAGAGUCUUCUUCAGAUAUAUCAUGACGUCCUGGAGAAUAACCUUGCAUGCUGGCUAGCGGAGGAGAAUUGCCCAUAUAAGCUACAAGUUGUCGCUCGCACUAGUCCAGCGCCAGAACCCAAACUAGCUGCGGCUCCAGGACCCUCCCGACAUAAUCCGAAUCUUCCGCCAGAAUGGGGUGCCGCUUGGUCGAACAGGAUGUAUCGUCGCGUCGUGGAACUAGAUCGAGCCGCUCAGUCAGCGAGGCUGAUCAACCUUACACGUUCUGAAAGCCAAGCUGCAUCUCGAGUACUAGAUCUCGUCAUAAUGGCUUUCACAACACAAUGGGCCCAGGGCAACCGUCGCCAAGAAAGGUUCUCCAUGGGGCCGAACGACUUUGCCACUGAAGCAGAUGACCUAGCCGACGCUCUGAAUCAAGAGUUUGAAGAGAGCUUACAGCAAUCGGUAUGGGAGCAAGCAAAGAGGGCACUUCAAGACGUGGUUGAUGUCGAGUCUUAUCGCGUCAUCUACGCUGAACUGAUAUUUGGUCUCACACAAAAGCCCUGGGCUAGCGAUGAGUAUCAACAGAAAUCCUUUGGAUCUAAGAAAGGAAAAAGUGGCAAGGGUAUCAAAGAGAACGCGAUGCCAGAGAUUAUCGAGAUUAUGUCUCAGGAAGGACCUCAUAUCUAUUUGGAGCGGGCAACGAGGAAGAUUCACGCUCUCAAGUUCAGGUUUGAAGCCAGUGAAUCUGGUUUCAUGGAGACGAGCAAAAAGCACGCUCCUCGGAGGUUAACUGAGGAGAACAGGCGGACCAUCGGCUUACUCUACUGGCUUGCUGUCAUGUUUGAUACAGUCUCUUCAUCGAUGAAUGAACGGCCAGUUGCACUAGCUGAUGAAGACUGUCAACAUGAAGAUGCAGACCAAAUACUGGCAGACAGUAUGCGGGCAGCUCAGAAGAGUCGGCGAGGAAGCCAACGAUGGAAAAUGGAACUGUUUAUCCAAGAUGAUGCAACGAAACCAACAGUCGGAACAAGGUGGCCAUGCUCAUAUGAUGAUGCGAUGCAAAUGGUUGCCAAGUCAGCACCUGUUAAGAUCCUAAUCUAUCGACACUUGUCGUAUCUUCAAAACGCGCUGCGAAAACGAGAAUGUGCCCAGGCAAUCGAGGAGAUUAUUCAGCAAACGACUCUACUAUACCGGUACUGGAACAUGACCCACGGUGCCUUCUUUCGAGAUCUCAUCAGACACUAUGAUACAGUCCCGCCCCGGAUUAGAAGCUGGUUCUUCUGCAUUGCAGUCCCGUGGCAUCUCGGCGCUUUAAUGCUCGCAGAUGUUCUUGAGUUCAUCGACAAGAACAACUACGGUCUUGACCAAGCCCGUCAAAAGCGACUAAGCGGCAACGUCGCAGCCCGAAUCCGCAAAGCCAGUGCCAUCGAACUCGCCGACCUCGCUCAAGUAACGACACCGCGACUGUUUCAAGAAGCUGGUAUAAACGCCGCGCAACUUCCAGAUUACCACUUCGCAGUCAGCGAGGGGCCAUUGCUGACCGAGCCUUGGACUGUUAUCCUUAUAAGAGGGUUUACGAAAGCGUGUUUGUUUCAUUUGGACAUGGCUGAUGACUUUCAGCAGCAUGAGGGAGAUCUUUUGGGUCAUGAUAGUGAAGAUUUUCAGGAUAGUUUGAGGAGGGCGGAGUAUUGUAUAAGGGCGCUUUGGUGUCUGGGGAAGAAAUCAGAGAUGUCGAGGAAUAUUACCAAGGUGCUUGUUGGGGCGCUACAAGAGCUACAGAUAUGA